GUCUUCCAUGGACAACAGAUGAGCCCGAGGUGAGGUGGAUUUGUUAGAAUAAGCCUACCUUGCUUGGUGUUUGACUGAAGAACACUCAAAAUAUUGGGAAAUUGGUAUUGAUAACCCAACCAAGUAUACCAUGUUUGUUCUCAAGAGCUCAUUUGCAGUUUGCUUUCUCCGUUUCAGCACCUUAUUAAACCUCCCGUGAAAGAGACCACAAUGCCAGUUGAUCUGACGCUUCACAGCGACGUACGUGCAAUGGAACGUGCUGAAUUUGACCACCAGGUAUCGGAGAAGCUAACUCUCAUUGAGGAAUACAAGAUGGAAAGAGAGCGGCAGCAAAAGUUAGCAGAGGAGGAAGAAAUACGAAGAUUACGAAAGGAGCUCGUUCCAAAAGCACAGCACAUGCCUUACUUUGACAGACCCUUCAUUCCCAGAAGGUCAACGAAGCAUCCAACAGUCCCCAAAGAACCAAAGUUUCACUUACCUCAGCAUAAGAAGAUCAAGUGCAGCAGCUCAUCUUGGAAUGACAUGAGCACUUUCACUUUCCAGCAAUGAAGCAGUGACACAUGCCUCAGCAUAAGAACAUCAAGUGCGUGUGACGAGCAUAAUGGAGUGAAUAUGGUGGCUUUGAGAGCUCGCGCUCUCUUUCCAACAAUGAAGCAGUGACCCCCUCAGCCGCAGUACACCAUUUGUGAAGAUGAUGAACAGAAGGAAAUUGGUUUGAAUAAAUAAUGACGAGUCGUUUAGCUUGUCCUUCUCUGUAUUCUUUUAUCAUAUUCCAUUCCCCUUAAGCGGGAGAAAGUUGGUUCUCUAAUUGUUUCGUUUGUCAUGUGUAUACGAAGCAACUAAUUUGGUUGCGAAUUUUGUUGACG